AUGACUGAUCACUCAUUCGAGCAUGUCGAGGGUGGAUCGGUGAUGUUGAACACGGGACAUCGAAUGCCGAUGAUCGGGCUGGGCACGUAUAAAAUUGCUGGGCCAGAUGUGGUAAAUGCUUUGGAUGCGGCACUCCGAAUUGGUUAUCGUUGUUUUGAUACAGCGAUCAAAUAUGGAAACGAAGCUGAAUUAGGAGCGGCUUUCGAGAUUUUGUUACCCAUUCAUCGUCUAAAACGAGAGGACAUCUUUAUCGCAUCGAAGAUCUUCCCAGCAGAGAAAAAUUUCGUUGAAGAGUGCGAAAAAGGAGUCGAGGAAAGUCUGGUGAAAUUGAGAACGAGUUACAUUGAUCUCUACCUUGUUCACUAUCCAACUUAUGAUGUCUUUUCUGAAGAAGCUGAUAAAGAUCCGAUUAACAAGGAAAGAAGAAGGGAAACGUAUUUGACGCUGAAGAGAAUUGCAGCUCAAGGCAAGAUUCGAUCAGUUGGCGUCUCGAAUUUCGAGCCACAUCACCUAGAGGAGUUGGACGAUUUAAACGAUCCACCAGCUGUAAAUCAAGUCGAAUUCCAUCCGCAUUUCACUCGAAAGAACAUCAUCAAAGCGUGUAAAGAUCGGGGAAUCGUUUUCACGGCUUUUGGAUCUCUUGGACGAAUGGAACCAUCACUAUUCCAGGACGAGGCGCUCGAGCGUUUGACAGAGGAAAUGGGAUGCAAUAGAGCGCAAGUGCUCAUCUCGUACGCGCUUAGCCAAGAGAUCCCAGUGUGCCCAAAGUCGAUACAUGAAGAACGAUUGAAACAAAACUUUGCGGCCUACAAAUUUCGUCUUUCCGACGAGAAAGUCGAGGCGUUGAACGCUAGGAACAAGCCAGGAACACAGGGGAAUUAUAUUCGAGCCUAUGGAUGGAGAGUUGUC